ACACUUUGAUACAGUUCCUUAAGAAAGAGCCGGUUGUGGUUGAGACUGCGCUCUGAGUUUGUUUUAAAUCUUAAUUUCACAGGUGCUUUUCGUGUCGUCAUAUAUUUUGGCAUGAGUUGGUCGGUGAUCUAAAGCUCACGCGCCUCUCUGUCCUGCGUCGCACUGUCCCGUCCUCAGCGCACUGCGUCAUGGCGACAGUGGUUGAAAAGUUACGCAUUUCCUAACCGGAGUGUGAGGAAUAUCCCUGUGGCAGUCAGCAGAUUCACGUAAUGGUGGAUUACAAUGUUUCAGAUGCAGCAGGAGUCUCAAAGAGAGGGGGCCCCUUUAAAAUGGAGGAACUGGCUCUACGUGAUUUGCUGGAAUGUCCUUUGUGUUUUGAGCCACUGGAUCUGUCAGCCAAGGUUCUGCCCUGCCAGCACACUUUCUGUAUGUCCUGCCUACAGAGGCAGGAGGCAGCCCACUCUCAGCUGCGCUGCCCAGAAUGUCAUGCUCCUGUGUCGACCAGGACGUUGGAGGAGCUUCCUGCAAACCUCCUGCUAGUGCAACUCCUGGAGGGGCUUCAGGCCUCACAGGGGCCCACCAGGGACAGGCACACAGCCCACUACACAGUGCCCACAGGCACGGCAGUCAGGGAGGGUCAACACAGAGAGCAGCAAGGGCAUAAUGAGCUUGCUCUCAGAUCUUUGAUGCGUUACCAACGAGGUGAUUCGUCAGGAGAGUUGGUCCUCACACCUGGUAACGGCAUCGCCCCGAAACACAAAGUGAAUGAGAGCUGGCACCACGGAAACGCCGCUGACAGUAGCGGUGUGUCUGUCACUGCCAGCACGCCGCAGGCCGUCAGCCAGAUGCCUCAGCCCCUCCUGCAGUCCCAACCUCCGUCUCUCUGCAGGGCGCUGCAUGACUUUAACCCUGAAGAGAGGACUCUGGAAGACAGUAAAUAUUGUCUCAGCUUCCUCAAGGGAGACAUCCUCACUGUCAUCAGACGAUUGGAUGAACACUGGAUUGAAGCCAAGCUUGGGGAGAAAGUUGGAAUUUGCCCCCUGCAGUUUAUAGAGCCAAACUCAGUGGCUGCUAAACUGCUAGAGGGAAAGAAUCGGAAGGGGAGUGACUCAGCAGAAUUUAACCAUCGGACUGGGAGUGGGGGCAAAGACAAGGCCACUGACGUAUCCAAUAGGACCACCCAUUACGGAGUCCCGCAAGUCCCAGCAAAGACACCCAUCAUCAAUGCUUUGCCCCUCUCCAGCCAGCGGAAACAGCCCGCAGCCAGCAGCAUCAACUUUUAUCCGACUGCUAAAGGAGAGACGACCAACAUCAGCACUUUCAAAGGCUUCAGCCGUCAGGGCCAGCCACACCACCUCUCUCUGUCUCUUGCUGCCCGGGGCCACUCUCAUCCCUCGAGAGUGACCUCUCAGCGAAUUAGACGCCACUCUGACACUACACACAGACACCUGUUACAGAGUGAGGAGAAGAAGAUGACCAGUGAGACUCCACCCACCAUAUCUAUGGCUCUGGUGAACCCCCAAAUGUCCUCUGCCUCUGCAGACAGCAAACACUCCUCCACGCAGCAGCUCUCCAUCAGUGUGUGUGCCGUCCUUUAUUCCUACAAACCACGACGGCCUGAGGAGCUGGAGCUGAGGAAAGGAGAGAUGGUGGGAGUGUACGGAAAUUUCAAGGAAGGCUGGCUGCGUGGGUUAUCGCUCAGAACGGGCAAAGUGGGCAUUCUGCCCAGCAACUACAUCACGCCUGUGCUCAGAACCUCGGCCAGACUCCUGGAGACCAAAGCAGCUAAUGCGUCCUCGCAGUACAACACAGUAACUGGGAAGAAACCCACAGCUGCCAAGAAUCCUGCUGUGGUCCUCGCUCUUGAUAGGGUAAACUCUGAUGGAGCCAUUUACUCAACAGGACAGGUCCCAUCUGUGCCAAAUGGGGCACAUCAUGGAAUGUCAUCCGCUGGCGCUGGAAAACUGUCCCUUUAUGGGGCUUCACAAGGUUGGGACACUGUGAGGCGCAUCUUCAACCCUCCUAGAGGCUCAAACCAUUUCUCCCAUACGUCCAACUUGAAUGUCCCGUCCAACUCACAGCACUUUGCACAAGUUCAGGCGUCCGGCUACUCACCUGCCCUGCAUAGGAAGAAAAACAACAGCGUGCUGUCUACCUCUGGUAGAGGCCGGGGCUGGUUGACUGAGCCAGCAGCGCCCUCUGCUGCUGCAGUCUUUAAGGACAGAGACUUCACUGCUUCACAUGAGCAUGACAGGCAGUCUGCCAAUGGGCCUCAUUCAAUUCUAGUCAGACCUGACUCACACAAGAAUAGUACAGACAAGCCGGCAAAGUCAGUGCGGUUCUUCACAGAUGAAGACUCCCCUCCUCCAAGACUUCGGACCUCCUCCUGGUCGGCAGGAAAUCACAUUCCCUCCAACUGCCGCCCUGGCCCCUCUCCGUUAGAAGUGUGGGCCCCAUCGCUCACGCUUGGAAGAGACGGACCGGGGAUUAUUCUCAAAGAAGGAAAAGCUCCUAUUCUCAGGAAAGGCCUUGAAACUGCCAUCUCAGAUCUAAACUCUAACCUGCAGAAACCAAUAUUGUCCCAGCCGUCGCUAUCAGCCGUGUCAGCUCAGUUCAGCCCCAUCAGACACAGAGUGACCACAUCGCAUUUAGCCCAGACGGACUCAGAACUCAGUCUGCUUCAAGGAGAGCUCGUCCUUGUCCACAGACCUCGACCUGAUGGACGGGUUCUGGUUACUCAGGAGAGCAGUGGGCAGACAGGCUUAUUCCACAGUGUUAUUUUUCAAGCCCUUGACCGGCUCAGCUAGUACUACUGUAGUGUAUAUUUCUAUAUAUCAUGUGUUCAAACUGCCAAAUGACUUGACUGACCUGCUGAACAACAAGACGCGUGUUGGGGUCCGAAGGUUAAUACUGCCAUUGACAAUCCUUUGAAGGAGGUGUGUGUUUGUGUCCUGAGUGCAUAUGAGAGUGUGGUAAUAUUCUCCAGAGAUAUAUUGUGUGUUCUUCAACGUAUGUGCAUGUUUGUUUCACAUGUACUAUUAUAAGAUUUUGCACAAAAUCCCACCUAAUGACUGUUCCUUGUUUAAUACCCAUGUUACACACAUUGGUGAGUGCCUUUGUCAAAACCCACAAAGAAACAAACUAUAUUUAAAUUGGCUAUAUUUAGAGAAAUUAUGAAGUAAAAUAUAUGUACUGCUUAUGUGGUAAUAAACUAUACUUCCAGA